AUGGUCGACGCCACUGACGCUCCCACAGCCAGUGCUGGCUCAGAUCACAUGUUAGGAAAAUUCAUGACCGUGAGGGGCAGCUUCAGGCCCGGCGGCGACGACAUCAUCCUGGCGACGCACCCGAAGAGCGGCACCACCUGGCUCAAGGCCCUCGCCUUCAGCAUCUUCAACCGCUCCCGUUGCAGCCUCGACAACGACAACCACCCUCUGCUCUCCGACCACCCCUGA